AUGUUAAUAUUUUUUUUAACUUUGCUCAACUCACUCCUAGCUCAAGACCAAGCCUCAUUGCCUGCUCCCACCUUGUCCUACUUGAAGGGAAGCGAGUUCCAACAAUUGAUGGAAACAUUAAUUGGGAAGCAAUAUGGAUAUACUAAGGCUUAGUUGGCAGAGAUAGGAGGUCAGAGUGUUGCAGAAUACAUCCUGUAUUUAUCAAGAAUAGAUGUGCCACUUAAGAGAGUUAUUUUUAUUAUUGGAUAGGAUUUCUCAGGAUCCUCAUUUCAAAACGGAUAUUUCGGAUUGGCAGCUGCACGAUAUUUGGCUUAGAGAAAAGUAGAAGUAGAUGUGGUGCUCUUGUAUCCCAACGAUCCAUUAAGGAGUAGAUUGGCAAUGCAAUGCAAAUCACAUUCGGCAACCUUGCAUUUUGACAUACUUCAAAACCUUUAGGAAUAAUUGAAUGUUUAAAUGACCAAGAACAUUCUAGCCAAUUGGUUGAACGAUUACGACCUGGUUGUUGAUGCCAUCUCACUCAGUUCAAUAGAAUAACCCAAAACUCCAGUGAGAGAAUUUAUGCAUGCCUUCUCAGAAGUCAACAAAAAAGUACUCGCCAUCAAUCUGCCUGUUGGAUGGCAUACUGACAAUGGAAAUCUGUAUAAUGUCUAUGUGCCCCAAUUUGUGAUCUCCUUGGGAUUGCCUUUGAAAGGCAUAAAGGAAUUUGAAGGAUAACAUGCCAUUGGUGGUAGAUACAUACCUUAAACAAAUACUUUCAAUUACGUUCUGCCCAAAUACAAAAUUGAAGACAGUUUCCAUUUACUAUAAAAGUGA